GGAAGAGAGGUGAGUAUAAAAGCCUUGCUGUGAGGAAUUAGCAAAUAUUCCUUUGGAGAAAAUACACAGAGAUAUAUUUCCAACUCUUCUGACGACAGGCAGAUAAACAAGCCCCAGGAUGAGGAGCCUUCUUCAGUUUCUGGCACUCUGUGCGGCAGCCUCUCUCUGCGUCUGCUAUGACUCUCAUGAAAGCUCAGAAUCCAUUGAAGAUUUGUUUGUGCACCGAAACCAAGCAAACACAUUCAUGACGCCACAGAGGGGCAACGUAUACAACCCACCCAGAAGGAAUGGCUACAACUCCUAUAACUUUAAGAGGACAGUAAAGUCUCCAGCGGAGAGGCAUGCCGAGACCUGUGAGGACUACUCUCCUUGCCGCUUAUACGCCUUUCGCUACGGCUUUCAGCAGGCCUACCAGAGAUACUUCGGAUCCAGAAACCAACCCCAGCAGAGACCAGCUGUGACUCGUCGAUACUGAAAAGUAUCUCUCUCUGUGAGAUAUCAUUAUCGCCUGGAAAUGAAUGCGUGUUCCUUCAUUCCAUAUAUCACGACUUUUAUAUAAUUUAUGUAGGCUAGUUGUUUUUGUGGUCUCUUCAUAGUCCUAGAAGAAAACACAUUUUGUAAACACAGAGUGGCUCAGAUGUUACAGAAACCCAUCAUUAUACACGUAUAGAAAUUCUUGGCGCAUCUCUUGUGUAAUCUCAGGAUACCUUUAAAUCCACUAUUAUCACACCUUCCCAGCAUUUAUGAGCUUCAUAUUUCAAGCUUCAUGAUUGAAAGAAGUGUUGCGCUCACUAUCCACUAACCGUUUCUUACAUUACCCACUUCUGUAUCCAGGCCAGCACUGCUGUCAGUGAUUACUUCCCCUGCUUUGAAAAAAAUAAAUAAAUUUCCCUUUA